UAACGCGUGCGGUGGCAAAAGUCCACAGUCGACGGAAACGUUAUCUGGCAUUUCCGGAGGGUUCUUCGGUUUCGGUGCGGCGAUUUGCUUAACCGUUGGCAUGAUUGGUAAUCCAGAUGUCGACUAUCUGAGUUGGGCCGUCAACUGGGGUGUCGCCUACGAUCUGCCCAAUCAUAAUUGGGUGAUUCAGCAUGCCCAUGGCUUGGCAGCCAAUCUUACUAAGCCAAUGAUACUGCGUCGUUCACGUCGUAGUUUCUUCGACGAGGUGCAGACAGCAUUCGACCACAUGGGAUUCAAUGGACGCGCUUGUGUAGCUCGUGCCCUCUGCGAGAGCGCUAAGUAUAUGCAUGCUCCCGGGCAACGCGGCAACAUGUUGGAGGAACUUGUGCGUGCUGUUUUCAGUCUGCCCACUUCAUCCGUUGUGGAGCAUGAGCCGCAGGCGCAUCAUCACUAUGACCGAAUCUAUCGACACUCGAAGCGACAGACACGAGAGUGCCAUGAGCUCUAUCCGGGCUGCCACUUCUCUUUGCUGGCACUGGCUCUGGGCAACUUUGCAUCAGCUCCAGUGCAGUUUAACAAAUACAAUUUCAUGUGAGAAACUAAUUGCUAGAACAAGCUGGUAAAAUAAAUGCGGUGGAAAUAAGUUAAAUCUUAAAUUGGCGUGAAAAUUAUGAACUCAAUCAAACAAAAACAAGUUGAGUGUGCUCAACUGUGCGACACGCAUUAAUAAAAGCGAAG